ACAAAACUUUGGUAGAAUCCAAGUAGAAUGGCUUGUGAGACAUGCAGACAACACGAUACCCUGACACAGGAAGGUGAAGGUCACUAUCUCCUGUUGAAAUUUGAGAGGUCUUCGCUCUGUGUUGAUAAAUUUCGCUCGUGGUUUUAUAUCGAAUGACAGCUGUUCGGUUCAGUCAAAGAAAACUGCUCGAAGAAUCACGAUGAAAACGUUGCUUGUACUCUCUUGCUUGAUCAAACUGGCGUCGUGUUUUUGUGGUAGCCACAACAAGUCCCAUGACCGCCUCGUGGUAACAGCAGUGCAAACGUCCAACUGGUUGAGAGAGAAUUACGGUGGGGACCUCGAAAAACUUGAACCCAACGUGGCUAGUUCGAUGGUAGUCGCAUUAAGACUGACAGGAUACCAACCAAAGACCAUCACAUCUGAUUUCAAAACUAAGCUUUCUCAUCACACCAUUGUCGACUAUUUGAAAUCUCAUUUAGACAAGAAUAGAACCUUGAAACCUGGGCACAUUGCAAAUAUAUUCCAAGCCAUUUCAGCCUUGUGUUUAGAUCCGGAUAAUUUUUACGGGCAUAACUUAACGCAUAAACUCCACGAAGGUUUUAAAUUGCAACCUGCUAGGAAUUACUUUGAGUAUAGUUCAGUGGCUUUGGCGAUCUGUCAAAGUAUGGAAACAAAAAUGCAACCUCAAUUGGCGAGAACGAUCAUGAGAAGGAUUGAAAAGGCUUUUGAUGAAAUAACAGGAUGUCGGAGGAUGCCAGAUUCUCCAGCAAUGGCAGUCAUGGCUUUGUCUUGUUUAAGAAGAAAUGUAGCAGAGAAUCGCACGAAGUUGAGGUUGAAUAAGAUAAUUUCAAGAUACACAAGUAAGAUUUUGGAAAGUCUAAGAAAGCGCAAGGAUAGUUUUUGGAAUACCCAGUCAAAAGGACUCCUGAUCCAGGCCUUCAUGUCGAUACCAGAGGAAUUACAGCCAAGGCACUGGCGUUGCAAUCGUCUGAUGUCCGCCAUAUUGAACAAACAUGAUCCAGAAAAUGGAUUUGGGAAUGUUCUUGCAGCCAUUCAGAUUCUGCCAGCGUUAUUAGGACGAUCACUGCUUCAUCUCAACAUGAUGUGUCCACUACCACCGGAUUCUAAUGAAAUGAAUUCAAGGAAGGUAUUAACAGUGUGUGUCACAUUAACAUCUCAACAUCCCAAACUGCAAGCAAACAUGACCGUAGUCGUCCGAGGGAAGGCGACAGCGUACGAUGUCUUGGCGAAGGCAGCCGAGAAAAAUGACAUGUACAAGUUUAAAGAGCUGAAAACAUCGUACGGAAGAAUGAUCACAGAAAUUUCAGGAAUUAAACAAAAUUCUGGGAAUAAUGGUUACUACUGGACACUUUACGAGAAAGAAGGUUUUCCAGCGCGUGAUGGAGUGGAUCUUUUUAGACCAAAGAAUAACACGUGUAUUAUAUUCAAAUACGAGUCGUGUGCAGAUGAGAGCGCAAAUAAGGGAAAAAAUGAAAAUAAAAAUACUGAAACUAAGGAAGGAGCCUUUGCAUGACAUUGACAGUUUCGUUGUAGGUAUGCAAAACUAGCUUUUAAAUUUCGCUGAAAGAUGGAAUUAAUGAGUGGAAUUGGGUGGGAUUCUAGGUACAUUACUAUUGGUGAUUUCUCUAUGAUUUUAAAGUUUAGUGGAAAUGAUAGGAUUUAGCAAAUAGUCGAAGUGUUAACAUAUAGGCUAAUUGCUAUGGCAAGAAGUGGCUGCGAUUUACUUCGCAGGGACUUCAAAUACAUGUCAAAUUCAAGAGAAUGUGUUGUGUUCAUCUAAUAAAUUAUCUUUUCGUCA